AAGCAAGAAAAAAAAAAUAUAUAUAUGUAUAAUUAGUUUGUAGUGGUCGGGGAAAUUCAUGUUCUGGGAUAUUUUUCAUGGUCGGGGAAGUUAUUCGUCAAGUCAUAUGCACGUUUGCUAUUGAUUGAUAACCGAAAUUUGAGGACUUUUAAAUGCAACACGGAAGUGAUGGAUGUUGAAAAGAUCUGCAGAACGUGUUUAACAUUAAGUGGUCCAUUGCUUUCAAUUUAUGAUGAUGGUAAGGGUGGUUCUGGUUGUUUGGCUGAUAUGUUACGGGAAUUCACUAAAACCAAGCCUCAGUGUAACGACAACCUACCGGAACGCGUAUGCCUUUCAUGCAUAAGCGAAAUUAACCGCUGUUAUUCAUUUAAAUUGAAAUGUGAAAAUUCCAGCAAAACACUCCAACAAUUAAUACCGAAUGCCAAAGGCUUGCCAGACGUUACCGAAAAGUCGGUAUCUAACUGUGAAAAGGCAGUGCAGACAAACAAAAGAGCACUUAUCUCUACAUAUGUUCAGACGUUUGCUUUGUUCAAGGACAAGGAAAUACAAACUGAAGCACGAGAUGCAAUGCAAAAUUUUAAAUUUGAAAGAUCUUCAGAGCUCUCAAACGCUCCACGCUCAAACAAUCCCGUCCGUUGUUUUAAGCGUUCGACAGACUUAGAAGCAAACGUUCACACGUUGUCUCGUCAAAAAAAUCCUGAUAAAGUUUGCAAUAGACUGUGCUUUGACACUAAUUUAAAAGAUACUGCUCUGAAAGCAGCGGAAAUGGCGCGGGAGGAAGCCUAUAUUCUAUUAGAUAACAGUUCAACAGAAAAUGAUAAGUUUUACAUACGUAGUGAAUCAGAUAAUAUAGGAGCGCAGGAUUCGAUCAACGUUGUUUUAUCGAAUCAUUUCGAAUUUUACAAUGAUGAAGACGAACUCGAUGAAGAUAAUCGAACGGAGGAACAUGAUUACUCUUGUGGAAAUGUGGACAUUCCUGACAUCAAUUGUGCAACAGAUCAAUCACUAGUCGCCAACGGUGUGUUGUGUAAAAUUAAUAGACACUUUGAUUCCGCUUCUGAUGAAGAUGGCCACAGCUGGGAUAAGGAGGAACACAGAGCAACAAACUCUGCCAGCUCGCAACUCACGGACAAGCAGUCUAGUCCUGUAGCAAUCAUUAGCUCAAGUCGUUUGGAUUCAAAUAGGGAAGAGUACCGAUGCCCAUACUGUAUUAUGACUUUCGUCAGCUUGAAAACUCUCAGGCGUCAUUUAUCCAAACGCCACAACCUAGAACUUGAACCAUCCCAAAUUAUUAUUGAGAAAAAAGUAAAAAAGUCUGUUGAAACCAUAGAGGAGAAGAUUGAUGAAUCUGCAGGCAAUGAGCAGAAAAACUUGACAAAGGGAAAUGUACUAAAGCCUCACUUAAUGCCGCGAGACCGUGUUUCAACUUCUAAAUCGGACGAAGCCGCAUUAACCACUUUUCAAUACUUUUGCGAUUAUUGUAAAGCUGGCUUUGCAUUGCGCAAAACUCUAACUUUGCAUAUGAAUCAAAACUUGUGCACCUCCAAUAAUUUUAAGUGCGACGCAUGUGGAAAAAUUUUCUUAACCGAAAAGAAUUUAGAAGCACAUAUCGCUACGCACACGAAUGAACAAACUUGUUUGGAGUGCAAGAAAACAUGUGGGAGCAUAGAGGAACUUAGCGCACACAUGAUUAGUGAACAUAAUCGAAAUCCCCGCAAUCAGUGCAAAGUUUGCAAAAAAGUAUUCACUAUGAAGACAUCACUUAUGGAUCACAUGCGCAUACAUUCCGGUGAAAAGCCAUUUCUCUGUACAAUAUGUGGGAAAAGCUUUCGUCAAAACUCAAACUUACGACAACACUUAAUGCGACAUACGAAUGAGAAAAAUUUUAAGUGUGAUGUAUGUUUAAACGCUUAUGUAACCAAAGCUGAAUUGUUUUCUCAUAAACGUUCACACACUGGUGAUCAUCCGUUUAACUGUGAAAUAUGUGGAUCGAGUUUCACAUCUUCAAGCUCUUUGCAGAAACAUCGUCGCAAACACACUGGAGAGCGGCCGUAUGCCUGCGAGUUUUGUCCCAUGCGUUUUACUGCUUUAAAUAUAUUGAAAAAUCAUCGUCGUACUCACACCGGCGAAAAGCCCUUCAAAUGUGAACAUUGUAAUAAAAGUUUUUCACAAAAGGGCGAUUGUCAGAUGCAUCAAAGGACUCAUGGUGAAAAGGAUUUCAGCUGCGUGUGCGGCGCUAAAUUUUCGAAGUCCUCUAAUUUACGUUAUCAUAGGCGAAGACAACAUUGCCGAUUUUCAGAUGGAGAUGCCGCAAGUGAACAAGAUGCUAUGGAUAAUGCAGAAAUGCAUAUAACUUUAGUAAAAGAUGAAGAUGGCGACGAACUUAUUACUAUCUCUACAAAGGGAGAACGAGAGAACGCAAAUAAACAUAAGCUCGGACUUGGUAUACAAAACGAAGAGGAAUUGUUGGACAUUGCCAUGGAAGAUAUAUGUUAAUUUAUCUUAAUCUUAAUCUAUAUAAAUUUAAUACAGAUUUUCAAUUAAGUUUCCCAACUUGUACGCAAUGCUUUGAAUUUUCAAACUUCUUUUUCU